AUGGCACCACAGUCCCAGGUCCCGGAGUCCCGCUUCGAGCCUUGCGCCUCCACGGCCUCGUUAUUCCUCUAUGCUCAGGGUCCGGUCAUUCUAUGCUUGCACCAUGAUACUUUGGCCGUGGAACGUCGCUUUACAAGUCACCAGGAUAAUAUCGAUUUCAUCUCGGUGGAUAAUGUGAGCGAGCGCGGGGCGGGGAGGCUGGUUGUCAGUUACGAUGUAGGCCAAACUGCAAUUGUCUGGGACAUUUUUACGGGCACCGAGAUCGCGCGAUUUGCAUCCUUCGAGCAUUUGAGAGUCGCAUCGUGGAUGCGCAAUGGAAAUGUUGCAUUUGGCAACGGCAAGGGCGAAGUAAUUCUUUUUGAACCCCCGACAUCAGAGCAUAUUUCAGCGCGCACGAUAUUUGAUCCAAUUACAGCUCUUGCGCCAGCAACAGAUUGUCGCACAUAUGCCAUUGGUUAUCAGAAUGGAUCUAUCUUGAUCGCAAAUCUUCUUCCACAAUUUACCAUCCUCCAUACAUUGACUACUUCUCGUGGGCCAUCGCCAAUUCUCUCUCUAGCCUGGCAUGCCUCGUCAUCAAAGCAAAAAUCGGACAUGUUGGCUACACAGGCUUCUGAUGGCGAUCUACGAGUUUGGAGUGUAGCAAAACCACCUGGGAAAGAGUCACCACGUGUAAUUCGAGUGCUAAAAAGAUCCGAUUCGACAUCAUCAGAUCCAAAGUGGAUGGCAUGGUCCAAAAAUGGAAGAAUUGUGCAAUAUUUGGAGGGGGAAACGUGGUCUUGGGAUGUUCGAACAAAGCACGUAACGUAUGAGCCAAUCCCUACGAUCCAGGGUGUGCGAGGCAUGGCGAGCUAUGGUCCGACGGCAACUCUUUUCACAAUUGGUCCUCAGGAUACAGUACAGCAAUACGACCUUGAAACCUCAGCCAUGGUUGCCAAUGUUCAACAUCUUGCAGUUGGAUCUCGAUCAACGGCGUCCGAAGGCAGCCGAUCAAGAACAAUGUCCCCGCGUCGCCUACAAGAUCCUCCCGAAAUUCGAGAGAAAGCAGCUGGCAGACGGACGCCAUUUGAUACGAAUGGUGCGGAGAGUGCGAAGCAAGCGAGAGCCGAUCUCAUCAGCCCCGCGUCUUCACGAAGCCGAACCGAAUCUGUCAGCUCGAAAGCUUCUUCUGGAAAGUAUAAGGUGGAACGGCCAUUUUCACCACCCACUCGAUCUGCCCAGAGUGGGACAUCGUUUUCUAUGAGUGGCCGAGACACCCCACAACCUUCGGCAUCUUACGCUUACGCCUCAUCCAUCUCCAUGUCGUCCGCAAAAAGCUCUCGUGCUGGAUCUCGACUUCGGAAUGAAGUUCACUUGAGUCCAGCCGAACGAAAUAUAGUCGAUCUCUUUCCGUUUACUCGUGCACGAUUGAACGAUGUACCAUAUAGACAGACGCCGCCUCUCGAUGAGACCCAUCUAACCCCAGAUGAUUUACGACAGCAGAUGCUUAGUGUAGUAUUUGGGUGGGAUGGUGAUAUUCAGGAUUUGUUGAGAGACGAGCUGAGCCGCCACAAGGAAGGAAGCCAGAGCGCUAUUCUACUAACCCGAUGGCUGAAUGAGAACGAUUCUGAUCAUAUGGCAGCAAUGCUCGGACCUGGCCAAGUUACGAUGGCAGACUGGAUGAUAUUGGCAAUGAGCCAGAUGAGUGGACAGGCACAGGCGAACAAGGUUGGACAAGCUUUUGUGCAAAAAUUGCUCGAAAUUGGAGACAUCCACACCGCCGCCUCUAUUCUCCUCGGAAUCGGCGAUUGCAAUGACGCAAUUGAGGUUUACGUUUCUCGCAACCAUUUUAUGGAAGCCAUUCUCAUGACUUGUCUGCUCAUGCCCACGGACUGGCAGCGCCAAUCAUAUCUCGUUCGUCGCUGGGGAGAACAUGUGGUCUCGAAUUCUCAGCAGCAACUUGCCAUCCGAUGUUUUAUGUGUACUGGGGCUGAACCGACUGAACCGUGGACGUCACCGGCUGCUCAACAGGCCGCCUCUUUUGCGGAAAUGAUCCGAGGAAAGUCACCAUUGGCGUCUCCAGAGCCCAUGCAACCUCUCGGUGCUAGUCUGAUGCCGCCUCCAAACCGGCCAAAGUCUGGAUCAAGUCAACGACCGGCUGGAAAGACUCCUGCGCUGAAACUUAUUACAUCCUUUGACAAUCAGCCGAACCAGCGUUACCGAUUCCCCGGGUUGAAAUCUGAUGAUCGCACGCCAACCAACGCCCCCGGUGUUACGCCAAUCGCAGAAUCCGCCGUCGCUGACUCGGCCUUGUCUCCUGGUGGCUUUGGAUCAUACAAGCUCAACAAUAUCCAGAGUUUAAGCCAGGCAAUGACUUCUCGAACCAACACCCCGGCAUUUAAUCGCCGUCGCUUACCCUCGAUCGGAGAGACUCCGGUAGAUGUACACCCUCCGGCAUUCUCACGAAACCACUCCCACAACACUAGCAACUAUGGUUCAACGUCAGAGAACGACGAUGCCAGUGGUCACGAGCAAAGCCAGGAUGAAAAACCUGCAGACAUCGGUCUGUUGACACUGUCUUCGGCACGCUAUAAUCCAUCCCAGGAUAGUCAAUCCAUGAAACCCAGCCCUCAAACCGCCGUUCAGGCUGCCCCCGACCAAUUCGCUUCCUUCAAGGGAUUGCCAUCUCCAGCACCAGGCUUCAUCGAAGCACUUAGAGAGCAUUCUGAUAUCCGAAACGGCUCACGGGAUCGAAAACCAGAUGGGCUGCAGAUUGACCUAGUGCAGACAGAAGAGGCUCCACUUAACUCUCAAGGACUCUUGCCCAGCGCCAACAGUACGACUUCAACUCUGAACAGCUACACCUCAGCUAAGAGCCCGAGUGUGAGUAGCCGCAGCAUUGACCAGUACAUCAGCAGUCUCGAUGAGGCAAACUACCACGCCAGAAAACAGAAUGGUCGUCGUACACCUGGUCGGGGUCGACGGAAUACGGAUGAAACAAGCAGCCAACAAGGUUCUCGCGUGCACAACUCUCGCGAGGUAUCCCAGGAGACUCGUGGCCGCAAUGAGAGGCGGUAUAUACAGCCUGCUAAGCGAUCCCCUUCGUCACCGGUGCCAAUGUCGCCUGAGGAAUUAGCUCGAUACCACACUGGAGAAGCUGAAAAACCACGGGAAUCACGCAAGAAGGGAUCUUCUCGGGCCAGAAGUGGAAGUAAGAUGAGGAAAGCUGGAUCGCGAAGCCGACAGCGCUCGUCCAGCCGGCACACGGCAAACCGCCAUGGAGGAGAUAAAGUAGACCCGUCUUCUCGGGGUCGCAGUGUCGAUCGUACAGGAUCUGCUGUCAGAUCGCCAUCGUCGCCUUUGCCCAUGUCUCUGCCUACACAAGGUGUCCCUGGCCCAGAUGAUAUAGAAGAUCCGCUUAGGCUUGUCUCUGGAGAUCGCGAACGCCUGCGCUCCCGUCACCGUAGUGCUAGCCGUCGCCGAGCUGAGCGAAGAGCCAGUUCGAAGCGAGAUGCAUCGCCGGAGUCCAGGCAUAGGCCUUCUCACAGUGUGCCCGAGGUUCGACAGGCACCCGAGCCAGAAGUUUCCGUUCCGGCUGGUGGGCUUGAGCAACUGAGUGCCAAAGUGUUUGGCCAAGAGAACGUGUUCCUCAAUGGAAGCACCUAUAAGCCAGAGCCGGUAUCUGAUGAUGCUCAAGAGAUGGUCUCUCCAACAACGCCUUUUGUCAGUCUCGCUGAGAAGAAGAGAAGAGAGCUUGCAGCCGCUGAGCUCGAAGCCCGCCGUCUUUCGCUUGCUCGCAACCCGUCUGCCCCGAAUAUCCCAUUCCCAGGCGAACUGCACAAUGCUCGAAGCCCAGUGGAAGGGCAUCCUCCAGCCGCUGGAUCGUACUUCCCUCGAGCACCAUCUCGAAACAAGAUCCCUCCCAGCAAGAACUCUCCAGAAUACCAAAGCAGCUCCGACUCGGGCUCUUCCCGGUCUGGUGUUCCUCUAGGGCUGCCUGCAACACCAAGGGCGAUGAGACACCCCAAGUACGGUGCCAAUGGGCAUGAAGUAGAGCGACCUCCUUCGGUUCCAACUAUCCCGACAGAUUACUCGAAUGGUCUCCUCCUGUCCGACGCCCGAUAUCAAGGCGAGGCUGAGAGAAUCGAACGCUCCAUGUCUGUCCCCGUGGUAGAAGCCCAAGCCAACCACGCCUCCGUUCCCUCCGAUAUCCCCAUGCAUCCGAGAUUCAAUCCCAAUCUCCCACGCAGCCGCUCCAAUAGCCGCAGUCGAAAUCUGGGCCACCGACGCACUAGUUCUGGGGGAUAUGCCUCAGGUACAUCCCCCCACGUAACGAUUAGCAUCGAGGAGACGAUCGAGAACGCCAUGCAACGAAGGCCCUCCGGCGUACAAGUUGAAAUGAUUCCACCUCCACCACCGCCACCUAUCCUCCCGGAGCUGCAGCAUCUCAACACACCCCCGCCUCCACCUCCAAUCCCGCUCUCCAACGAAGCAACCUCGCCUCGGGAGUCUUCUGCCACGAUUGAUAUCGCCAUUGACCACGUUAACAUGGGCCGUUUGCUUCCUCGCGCCAUGACAGCUGCUCCGGCUUUGAGUGGACCUGAUACUCGCCAGAAUGCGAGUCGAAGGAUGUCCUUCGAGCACCGGCGAAAUCGAAGCUCGAAUGAGAGUUUUGCGAAUAAGUUGCGCAGUCUGACUCGGAUGCGGAGCAAUAGUCGCAGCGUGGAGCCGUGGGGAAAUACUGAGGCUGAAUGGCCAUAUGAGACCCUGCCGCCAGUGGCGCAUGGUCAGAGCAAUGGUUAUUAA